AUGUUUCGAAGGCUUUCUCUCCUCUCUUCAAAUGCAGUGCGGGCAGAGUACCAGCCUCUUCCUCAAAAUGACAACACCAACGAGUCGCAAAGCACCAUGGAGGAUGUUGAGAGGAGUCAUGAUGCAAGAACUGAGCCUUAUCGCGAUGCCGCGGCCAUGCUUCUCAUCAAAAUGGGUCGUUCGCCCGAUGAGCACAUCACUGUUUCACCAGCCGACGAUGCCCGCAUCCUUCGUCGCAUUGAUCUCGCCCUGCUUCCUUUAAUGCUAUCCGUCUACUUCCUCCAAGCUCUCGACAAAGCAACAUUAUCGUAUGCUUCAAUAUUCGGGCUCAUCGAGGACACCAAUCUCCAAGGCGACCAGUACUCAUGGCUCGGAAGUAUUGUUUUCCUUGCGCAGCUGUUUAUGCAGCCUCCGCUUGCGCUUGCACUAGUGAAGCUGCCCAUCGGAAAGCUCACGAGUGCCAUGGUGUUGGCCUGGGGAACGACGCUGAUUCUCAUGACCUGGGCGAAAGAUUUCCGGACGUUGAUGGCUGCGCGGUUCUUUCUGGGUGCGUUUGAAGCUAGUAUUGGACCAAGCUUCAUCGCUAUUACCCAGAUGUGGUGGAGGAGAAGAGAGCAAACACUAAGAAUCGGAUCGUGGUACUGUAUGAAUGGGUUAACAUGGGUGCUUGGCAGUCUUAUUACAUACGGACUUGCGAGUAUCGAUUCUAAAAUGAAGCCCUACCAGAUGAUUUUCCUCUUCUUUGGCGCCAUCACUGUGGGAGUCGCCUUUAUCAUGUUCUUCUGGAUGCCAGAUUCACCUACCGAAGCCAAGUUCCUCACUGAUGAAGACAAGAUCAUUGCGAUCGAACGCCUUCGCAACAACCAAAUGGGCGUCAUGUCUCGCGAGUGGAGGACUCCCCAUGUCGUCGAGGCACUGAAGGACCUCAAGACAUGGUACUGGGUCGCCAUGAUCUUCUGCAUCUCGGUCCCCUCCAAUGGCAUUUCGACUUUCGGUCCUCUGAUCAUCAAGUCAUUUGUGUCAGAUCCCUUUCAGACCAUGCUGUUCAAUGUGCCCGUUGGCAUUUCGCACAUCAUCGCCGUCUCUGUGAGUGCUUACGUAUCCAUGAAGUGGAAGCUCAAAGGUCCAGUCAUCGCCAUGCUGUGUGUGCCGCCCAUCGUUGGAUGUGCUAUCCUCCUGCAUUUUGCGCAUAGCCUUGAGAAUAAAGCUGCUUGUCUAGCUGGUUAUUUUUGCUUAUGUACUUUUACUGGAAUUACACAAAACACAGCAGGCGACACAAAACGCAAGACUACUUCGGCACUCAUCUUCAUCAGUGCCUCGGCCGGCAACAUCGUUGGUCCACUCCUCUACUCACCCGACGAAGCGCCAGCCUAUACUCGCGGUCUGCGAGCCAACCUCGCUCUCUACGUUCUCGUCGUUGUCCUCGUCGCGGGCACGUCUCUACAUCUCUCUCGCCUAAAUCGACUUCACAGCCAACGUAGAGUUGCACUUGGAAAGAGUGCCAUCCUGGUUGAUCGAAGUCUUGAGACGGCGGAAGAGGUGGAGAGGAUAGAACACAUGGAGAGGACAUUGCGAGGAGGCGUGACACUUCGCGAGGCAAUAGGUGAUGAGCAUGAUAGGAUAUCACAAGCGCAUGAUGUGGAAGGUGACAGGACGGGACAGAAGGACGGUGAUAAAGGGUUUGGAGAUACCACGGACUUGGAGAAUGAGGAUUUCCUUUUUGUGUUUUGA